AUGUCAGGUCAAGAGACCUCUCCACAGUCUCCCCCCGCCAAUACACCUAAGCAUCGACGACCCUGGACAGCAGCCGAGGAUGCGACUCUGAGGACUCUUGUUGGACACUUUGGUGCUAGUAGGGGAUCUGAGGGUAGGUGGAAGGACAUAGCAUCUGGCCUUGAGGGCCGGACGGCCAAGGAUUGCCGAAAAAGAUGGCUUCACUCAUUGGAUCCCUCUUUGCGCAAAGGUCGGUGGACAUCUCAAGAGGAUGAGAUCCUCCUCUCAGCUUACGCUCGACUUGGACCGCUUUGGAAUGAAAUUGCGCUUCUCAUUCCUGGGCGAAAGGAUGACCAAUGUUCCAAGAGAUAUAAUGAUAUCUUGAACCCAUCUGCUAAAAACCGUCUUAGCGACUGGACUGCCGAGGAAGAUAACCUUUUACGUCAAGGUGUAGCAGCGUUGGGCCAUCGAUGGGUCGCCAUCUCAUCACGGAUACCUGGAAGACCUCCCCUCACCUGUCGUAAUCGAUGGCGUACGCUCUCACGACUGUCACAUAACCGACAGAGCAGAUCUCAAGGCACUACCCCGUCAUCCUCGUCUCAGAUGUCCCCAUUCGAUAAUGGGAUUUCACCAGCGGCUCAUAAUCCAAACCUCGGUAUUGAGACAAACCAUGGAGCGACGACUGACUUGAUGCACUUUCCAAUGGAUGCCGAUAUGGGUCAUGACCAAAUGGGAUCGAGCUUUCUCGACUCAGCCUUUUUCGACACCUUUACAGGCCCUUCCCCAUCGCCAUUGAGAGAAUCCGACCCAAGUGAUGAAACAGAAACGCCGAACGACGUAUCUGCCCCAGGUGCUGCCUCAGAAAAUACUGCACCUGUUCCUGAUCUUUCUUCGAGUAUCGCGACCCAGACACAAAGCGACCCUAAACCAUGGCCUCAGCCUCCGAAACCGCCCCAAGCGCAGCAACAUCAAAAUGCUCCGAAUGCAUCUUUCAUGCCAUCGCCCUCUACUUGGUCAUCACUGGGUACAAUGCUGCCACCUGGAACUUCUCCCACGGAUCAGAAUAUGUGGCUAGGAAUGACUGGCAACCCUCCAACACCGAAGAACUGGACAGCCCCAGGACCAGCAGACUCAUCGAACUCAUUGCCCCAGUCAUUCACUGAACAGUUUCAAGUACCAGCAGUACCAGGAGUGCCAGCAUCAACUCAGCAAACCAUUCACCACCAUCAUCAUCACCAUGUCCAUCAUCAUUUUCAUCACUAUCAUCACUACCCAGGCAAUGGAGAUCAAUGGCGACAGCUGGAGCAGCAAUCAGAAGCCGAGGCGAUGCAAGCACAUUUACAAAACGAGAACGGGCCUCAAAACCCAGGGUGA